CAAAAACAGAAACGAACGACAACAACUUGGCGCAAACUUCGCUCAUCUCAUUCAAACUUCGCUCAUCUCAUUCCACUUCGCGCAAACUUCUCUCUCUCUGCUUGCUGGCGAUUUUCUAGGGAGAGUUAAUUGAGCCCCUGUGUUGAUGAUCUACUAGUCUGGCUAAUCUCUGAUCUCGAUUUAGAAAAGUAUGGAGGAUCCUGCUGUAUUGUUGUGCAGGCGGGCCGAUAAAAGUGUUGCUAUCAUUUUGUCACAGAAUUUGGAUUUUGAGUCAUUGGUUAGCAAGUUGUCUCACAAAUGGAAGGAUUUGACUCAAGGUUGCUUUGAAAUAUCUUAUACCCUAGAUGGUCAUCCAAACUGUGAUGUUGACUGUGAUGAAGAUUUGAUUGCUUUACGUACUUUAGCAACAAAGUUUAGAAUUGGUCGUAUUGAUGUUUUUGUUCAUGACUUGACUGGAUCUAAUACUAGUUUGAAUGCUAGAGAGUGUGGUGAUAGAUCUAGUUCUAGUUUGAAUGUAAGAGGGUCUGGUGAGUUGAUAUCUGAAAUUGACAAUGGUUCUGAGAUGACAUUGUCGUUAUAUGAUCAAGAAAGGAAGCAGUUGAAGUCAGAUGCUUGGCGCAUUGCGAUUAAGGGAGUUGAUCAGGUGUUUGUUGGUGGUGCUGUUGCUUUCCGUGACUCUUUAAGCAAGUAUUCGUUAUUUCAUGGCUUUCAAUACAUUUAUGCUAAGAAUGAUGCUGAGACUGUGAAAGCACGUUGUCGUACAUUGCAUUGCACAUGGUUUGUGAAGGCCAAGGUAGAGAAGCCAAGUGGACUGUUUAGGAUAAAAGAGUUGAUGAAUGAGCAUUCUUGUGGGGCUGCAUCGUUGUCGACUAGUAGUUCUCAUAGUAGUUCUGGUUUGAUAGGCAGAAUAUUUUCAGAAGAUAUUCGGUUGAGUCUGUCGAAACGUCCCGUGGAUGUUAGGAAGGAGUUAAAGAAAGACUAUGGGAUAGAUGUGACUUAUCGAAGAGCAUGGAUGGGUGUUGAGAAGGCUAGAAGUUUUGUGUAUGGGGAUUAUACAAAAUCAUUUAAGGAAUUAACAUGGUUUGUGAAUUCCUUUAAGGCUUCAAAUCCUGAUAGCGCAUGUGACUUAGAGUGCGAUGAGGCCCGGCGUUUCAAGAGAUUGUUUGUCGGGUUUGCAACUUGCAAGCAUGGGUUUAAAUUCUGUCUACCUCUUUUGUUUCUUGAUGGAACUUUUUUGAAGGGAACUCACAAAGGAUGCUUGCUCGCUGCUUGUGCUAAAGAUGGCAACCGAGGUCUAUAUCCCAUUUGUGUCGCUAUUGUCGAUUCUGAAAAUUCAGAAAAUUGGCACUGGUUUAUGUUGAAGUUGAGAGAUUUUUUGGAUUUUGAUAAGGAAGUAGUGUUUAUAUCUGAUCGCCAUGAAGGGUUGUUACGAGCUGUAGAAUCUGUUUUCCCGUCUUCACCCCAUUCGUAUUGUCUACUUCAUCUUAAAGCCAAUUUAAAGAAGCAUAUGGGGGGGUUACCCACAAAAAAGAAGAAACAUAUUGUGGCCUUAUUCCAUAGGUGUGCUUGUGCAGCAAAUGUACAAGAGUGUGACAAGCUUUUGAGUAAACUCAAGCAAGAUGGCGGAGUAAAAAUUACUGAAUUUCUGUCAAGAUUAGAAAAUGAACAUUGGUGUCAUCCUUAUUUCCCAGGAAAAAGAUAUGGUGAGUUGACUUCCAAUCUUGUUGAGUACUUUAAUAAUUGGAUUAGAAAGGAGCGUCGAUUGCCAAUAACUCAACUUGUUGAUAAGAUUAGACUAAAGUUAAUGGACCAAAUGUGUGAUAGGAAGGAGUUGGCAGCAAAGUGGAAAACUGUUAUUUGUCCAAAAUGGGACAAGAAGUUGGUUGAGUUGUUUGGUCUAUCGAAGACAUGGAAUGUAGUUAGGUCAAAUGGAGAUUUAUAUGAAGUGCAGUCUGAUCCGUCAGUUGGUGUUGACAUUGCGCGUCGUAGUUGUUCUUGUGGAGAUUGGCAGCUAAACAUGUUCCCGUGCGUUCAUGGUGUUUGUGCAUUGAAGAAAAGUAAGAAGGACUUAAAUGAUUACAUGGAACGUUGCUUCUUCUCUGAAUCUUAUCGUGAGGCGUAUUCGAAAUGCAUCAAUCCUGUACCUAGGAUUUGGCAGAAUGUUGAUCUUGAUGCUGCUAAUGAUAUUCUUCUUCCUCCACUGUGCAAGAGACCUCCGGGACGACCUCGGACAGAAAGGAUACCAUCAACAGGAGCAAAGACCAGAAAAGUUACUUGUAGCAGGUGCGGACAGGUUGGAUAUGCCUGUUUUGUGCCUGUUUUAUCGCUCUCCAUGUCUGGGUAUGUCAUGAAAGUGGUGACCAUUUUUAACUUCAGAAUGGCUGCUGCUGAUGAUUCCGAGGCCUAUUCGGCCAUGUUGGAUGCGUUUGCGAAGGAACAAGGUUUUGCCUCUGCUGGAUAUUUGGUUAUGGAAGCACAACCAAAUAUUUGGCCCCCGCUGUGUACAAAUGAUGUGUCUGCCACCGGACGAAAUGCACCACUAUAA